CGACCACCAAGUACGCCUUGCAGUCUAAUCCCAAUCACUCAGUCGCUCCUCAAACCCAGAAACCUCACAUUUCCGCUUCCAGCAGCUGCUUCCAGUUGCCCUGCGUCGUAGCGCUUCGUAGCUACCCCUAAGCAUCCUUUCUUACGUACCAAGCAUACAUAGCUAUCGUGCAUUGCGCAACGAGCGCGACCGACAAGUUCAGGGGCCCGCUCAACCACCGGCGGUGGACCUCCGCAACACCUGACUCCCCGACGCCCAUCGGUGAAGGCCCGCGGUGGUCGCCAUGAGGCGAAUCUUUGGGGCCAAGAAGGAGGAAGCUCCCAAGCCCACACUAGACGAGACCACUGACCGCCUGAACACACGCGGUGAUACAGCCGAUGCAAAGAUCCGCGCACUGGAUGAGCAGCUAGCGAAGUACAAGGAGCAAAUCAAGAAGACGCGGCCAGGGCCGGCGCAAGAUGCCAUCAAGCGGCGAGCGCUGCAGGUUCUGAAGCAGCGCAAGCUGUAUGAGAGCCAGCGCGAGCAACUGUACCAGCAGCAGUUCAACCUGGAGCAGACGCGCUUCACAGUGGACAGCAUCAAGGACACAGUCACCAGCGUGCAGGCUCUGAAGGAGGCCAGCAAGGAGAUGAAGACCGCCUUCAAGAAGAACAAGGAGUUGGACAUCGGCUACAUCGAGAACAUGCAGGACGAGAUGAUCGACAUGAUGGACAUGGCCAACGAGAUCAACGAGGCCAUGGGCCGCUCCUACAUGGUGCCCGAGGACGUGGACGAGUCCGACCUCAUGGCGGAGCUGGACGCGCUGGAGGCGGACCUGGCAGUGGAGGACGCCGGCAAGGAGGGGCCCAGCUACCUGCAGGAGCCCGACCUUGACCUGCCGGCGGCACCCACCAAGGAGGCGGAGCCGGCGGCGGCCGAGGCGCUCAAGACCUGAGGAGCAACCGCUUGUUGAUGAGCGGGCGGAGCAGGAGGCGUGACAGGUGCUUGAUUACCUUGCGCGUUCAUAAUCGGGUUUUUGCGGCCGAUGGGAGCGGCAUGCAUGUGGACAUAUGAUACACUGUAGGCUGGCGUGCAUGGGUACACAGGGGCGAUCUCGUGGGUGAUCUGUUGUCGAGACACUGCGUUGGCGUUGAUCGCAUGCGGCUCUUAAUUGACGAGAGGCCUUAGGCAGGCUUGGGCCAACGCUGUUCUUGAAGGGCUGGCACAGCACAAAGGCCGUAGGAUUGCGGGUGAGCAAGAAUUGGUCAUGCAGGGUGCGGUGCGGCAGCGCGGCGGGAAGGGGUGCGAGGAGCACACAAGGUGUUGCGCGGGCGCCAUCUGGGCGAAGAGCUGGCCAUUCAAAUUUGAAGUGUUAAGUGACGAUAUGUCUGGAUAGUGUUAAAACUGCAGUAUUUGCUGAGCCGCGCCUGUUCCGCCAGCAUCAACUGUGCCGAAAGAGCCAAACGCC